AAAUCCCUAUGACCUCAAAAUUUCCCGAGAAAAUCCGUUCAUGUUUUCUUAAUUAAAGAUUUUCUUCCUAGCCAAACACCCCGAAAAUGGAGCCUCGUCGCACCUCACGCACGGUCAGCGAUCCGAAGGUCCGCCAAGUUGGGUUCUUCACCUCCCAACACCACCACCAUCACCAUCACCACCUCCCCGAACGGUCCUUUUCGGAGCCUCCGCUUCCCGACCCGUUCCACACCUCUACUUCCACAUCCUCUGCUCCUGUUACGGACGUCUCUCCGUCCGGAAACUUGCUCUCCCCCGUUAUGAUCCUUCCUUCACGUCACCACUCCGAUAACCUGCACCGUCUUUCUCAUCGGGCCACUUCCCCUACGGCUUCGUUUUCUUACUUCGCUCGCGCUGUGGUCGUCCGAGAAAACGAUGACAGCCUCUUAUCUCCUGGAAGGAGAGGCAUUGCGGUGAAAUCUCCCUCCUCCGUAGUUGCAGCAUCGUCGUUUCCCAAAGGUGGGUUCGACUUAACCGCUGUCAAGGCGAGUAGCGUUCCUGCUAGUAAGCUAACCACUGUGUCAGUCGUCAAUUUGCCUCCUGGCAUUUCGGAAAAGGCUGGUGGUGCAUCAGUUGAAGUCCAGAAUGAUCGACCUGCAAAGUCGAAGCCAUUGAAACAGAAAACUUCUAAAGCUGAAAGGCGUGCAACACAAGAGGCCCAACGGGCUGCCAAAGCUGCUGCAAAAGCAUUCUUUAAUCUGCUACUAAAGCUAGCUGUGGAUUUAUACUCAUUAGCUGAAGGAAGUAAGACAUCAGCUGCAGUACCUGGGCCCGUGAAUUCAGCAAAUACCAAGACGGCUAAAUCUCCAAAGUCCCCUUCACAGAAGAAUGAUGCUGUGUCAGUUGCAGCUGCUGAGAAGAAGGCAGGUGAUCGCCAAUUAGAGAAAGAUAGAAAGAAAGAUGUUCCUCAUCCACGCAUGCAAUAUGAUGAUCAGAGCCGAGUUGAAAAGGCCAAAAGGCGUGCAGUGGUAAAACAAACAGAGGCAAGGAACAGAGUUGAAUUGUUCAGGCAUUUGCCCCAAUAUGAACACGGAACUCAGCUUCCUGAUCUUGAGUCAAAGUUUUUCCAACUUGAUCCAAUGCAUCCUGCUGUCUAUAAGGUGGGAUUACAGUAUUUAUCUGGAGAUAUAUGUGGUGGUAAUGCUCGUUGUAUUGCAAUGCUUCAAGCUUUCCAAGAGACCAUUAGAAGCUACUCAACACCACCUGAAAAAUCUCUAGUUAGAGAUUUAACUGCAAAAAUAAGUAGCUAUGUUUCUUUCUUAAAUGAAUGCCGGCCCCUUUCAAUCAGCAUGGGGAAUGCAAUAAGGUUCCUAAAGAGUACAAUUGCCAAGUUGCCUCUAUCUAUGUCUGAAUCAGAAGCAAAAGCAACUCUUCAGGCUGAUAUUGACCGUUUCAUAAAUGAGAAGAUUAUCCUUGCAGACAAUGUGAUAGUCAAGCAUGCUGUUACAAAGAUCAGAGAUGGUGAUGUUCUUCUAACAUAUGGGGCAUCCUCUGCAGUUGAAAUGGUAUUGCUGCAUGCUCAUGAGCUUGGAAAGCAAUUUCGUGUCGUGGUGGUAGACUCUCGCCCAAAACUUGAAGGACAAUUAUUACUCCGUAGGUUGGUUGGAAGGGGCCUUGGCUGUACAUACACUCAUAUAAAUGCUGUUUCCUAUAUUAUGCAUGAAGUUACUCGAGUUUUUCUGGGUGCUUCAUCAAUUUUGUCAAAUGGGACGGUUUAUUCAAGAGUUGGUACUGCUUGUGUAGCUAUGGCUGCUCAUGCAUUUGGCGUACCAGUAUUAGUAUGUUGUGAAGCCUAUAAAUUCCAUGAAAGGGUACAGCUUGACUCAAUAUGCUUUAAUGAACUUGGUGAUCCUGAUGCCAUCUCAAAGGUUCAUGGUAGAGAAGAAAUUAACUAUUUGGAUGGUUCGACCAACAGUGAAAAUCUACAGCUUCUGAAUCUGACUUAUGACGCAACUCCUUCAGAUUAUGUUUCUAUAGUGAUCACAGAUUAUGGAAUGGUCCCACCAACAAGCGUGCCUGUCAUUGUGCGAGAAUAUCGGAAAGAGCACUUAUGGAUAUAGCAUAGAUGGCUAAACGAUGGAUCAAUGGGGGCUUCUCAAAAAUUUUGCCAACGCUGCGAACUGUCUUAUUGGCCAUUCGGGAACAAUAAGAGCAGCGAAUGUCCUGAGUUGCUUCCGUCUUUUUUUGUUUCUCGUUCUCUUUUUUGUUUUUUGGGGUAUCCUUCACAGAAUAAAGGCUAUUUAGCCUAAUGGUUUUGAGUCUUUUGGCAAUGUGUUCCCUUUUUACCUGACUCUGUGAAGAGCGCGAUCCGUCGCCUCUCCGGGCAGAAUUGGGACCCUGUUGUCAUUACUUUGUAGUUUGUAGUGAGUUUUGUACCUCCGGCGUUUAAACAAAGAUUUUUCUCAGUUGUUGUGGGAAUCUGUUUAUCAAAACUUACCUCCUUGGUUUCUUCUUUUAUUAUCCCAAGAUGGUUAAUGAUGGUGAAUGCGUCGUAAUGAUGCUUGAGUUGCUGCAAUUUCCCAAAUGUUUGGAGAUAGGUUCCUCAACAUUAGUUGAAAGGUUGGAGUUGGGUUCAUGCUGACCUAAUGCCUCUCUGGUUUUUUUUUAAUGGUGUUGUAAGGAUAAUUUUAUUAUAUUAUUUUUUAUAUAAUUUUUAUGUGUCAUUAAAUGAAUGGAUGUAUUCAAU